UUAUGUUUUCUAAUCUUAAGUGUUACUGAAUCUUACAAACACCAUAUAUUUGGCUGUAAAUUUGAGGCAGAAUCCUAGUUCCCAAACUGCUCAGGUUUUACGUCAAAGUGGACCAAAAAAAGUGCUUGGUUUUUUGGAAAGAUAUCGACAGAAGAAGCCAGCAUUAUUCCAGCGCAUGAGGCGUCCAACAUCAUUUUUAUCGGUUUUAGAUAUCACGCCAGUUCACCAGCUCAUUUCUCGAAGCCACAGUACAAUCUUGAUCAGUGAGGGCGCGACGGUCAAGGCUGGUUUACUGAGAAGCAGAGAUGAGGAAGUCCAACAGGAAAAUACAUCACACAUUCUUCGUGCUUGACUUCCACUAUCAUCAAAGCAAAACAACUGGAGUUCUAUUUUCUACACCCGCCACCUGUGAACGGAUGAACGCGGCUAGAAAAGAGAUUCAAGCAGAGGAAGCACAGGGCGGUAGGAAUAGCACCAAGCUCUGACCAGAGGAGGCCAUUGUUGCCACUCAGUACAGUCCGGGCAACUGGCCUGGCAGGUGUGUGUUGUAGGGCAGGGUUAGUGGUGGGAUGCCACCAGAAGGCCUGUGACUCCCAGCAUUCAUUAGUGAUGGACACUGCCCCACUCCCAUAACGCACUGCAACAGUUGAAGUUUUUGAAACCUGAGACAAAGCAGUUGAAGUGAAAUCCAGUGAAACCACCACAGCAGAGACUCAGAAGGUGUGGCAUGAACUCGUUCCUCAGAGGUCAGACACAGUUAAGAGGAGUGGACGGGCGGAUCAGUCAAGAAGCAGUCACAGGGAGGAAGUAUCAUGAAGACCGGGAGAUCUGUAAUCCGCUUGUCUCUGCGUCAAAGCAAGCUUCUAGUGUGAUAGCCGAGGUGGAGAGAGGAAGUACAGAGCUGUGGUGUCCAGGAAGUGACCUCCCACUGCAGCUGGAGGGAUCAGGCCAGCUGUUUUCACUGAUGAUGGGAUCAUUCUGCUUCCACCGGAGCUUUACUGAGGUUUCUAGAGAAGACGUUCAAAACUGCACGUUUCCCCAGCGUGGAAGAUCAGGAUGUGAGAGGUGGAUCGUGUCAGGAACUUCCUUCAACAGAGAGCUGGGCGACUCUUCCUCACUAACCUCCUCCCAUUGUUUCAUCACAUCUCCUCCCCGCUUCCUCCCCACGUUUAGGUGCACCGUCUGCGGCUGCAUCCUGUCCAACUGGUACUACGAGAGAGAAGAGCAGCUUUUCUGUAAGAAGCACUACUGGAGUCGUUACGGGGAGCCGUGUCACAGCUGCAGAGAGGCCAUCACAACUGGACUCAUAAUGGUGGCAGGAGAGCAGAAGUACCACCCCGAGUGUUUCACCUGUCAGAGGUGUCACAUGUUCAUCGGAGUUGGUGACACCUACAUGCUGGUGGAACGCUCCCAGCUGUUCUGUUUGUCUGGCAGCGGCAGCUGCUUCAGUCCAGCUGCGGUAGCUGCGUCUCAGUUGAGCAACACCCCCCACAUGGUGGCGCUAGUCUCUCUUCCUCCAAGAUCAAGCGGUGGACGAGGCCUCACCGUGAGCACGGAGGUCAGCACGGACAGCGGGCCUCUCAUCACCGUCACAGAGUUAGACCCAGAUGUCCUGGGCUCAGACCUGCGAUCCUCUAUCCACACUGGGGACCACAUCCUGGAGGUCAACGGAAGCCCUGUACGCAACAUGUCCCCGGAGCAGAUAAACUGUCUGAUCCAGGACGUGAGAAAAACUCUGACGCUGAUGAUUGAACGUAACCCAGAGUCCACCAAGAAGCCUCCGCCCUAUAAAGACGCCCAGGACGACAGCGUGAGCAAGAGAGUCGCCGCCACGCCCAAACUCCCGAGCCUGGAGGAGGAACCCCACUCUGGGGAGGACGUGGACCAGGCAACCAGACUUCCCUCUUGUCAGCAACAUGGAGCCACGGGGACGCGAUCGCGACACAUCAUCCGCAGCUCCAGCAUUGACAAGUGUCCCCGGUCUGCUGGAGCGCUCUCGCUCCCAUCCCACAAACGGGAAAUGGUUCGCUCGGAGUCUCUGCGUGUGGAUACCGGCGACCGGACUCAUCGCAUCUUUCGACCGUCGGACCUCAUCCACGGUGAGGUGCUGGGAAGAGGCUCCUUCGGACAGGCAGUGAAGGUGACCCACAAGGAGACGGGAGAGGUGAUGGUGAUGAAGGAGCUGAUUGCAUUUGACGAAGAGACGCAGAAGACCUUCAUGAAAGAGGUGAAAGUGAUGCGUGGCUUGGACCAUCCGAACGUCUUGAGGUUCAUCGGGCUCUUUUAUCAAGACAGGCACAUACACUUUGUCUCGGAAUACAUCGAAGGAGGAACUCUCAAAGACACGAUCAACAAAAUGGACGAGGGCUUCUCCUGGAGCGUCAGAGUGAGCUACGCCAAAGACAUCGCGGCCGGGAUGGCCUAUCUGCACUCCAUGAACGUCAUCCACCGAGACCUGAACUCUUACAACUGCCUGGUGAAGAAGAACCAGUCUGUCGUGGUGGCAGAUUUCGGGCUCGCUCGCUUGGUGAGGGAGGAGCCAAGUCACAACAAGACGUCAUCCUUGGAGCGACCAGCGAAGGGGGCGCUGGCAGAGCUGCGAAAGCAGGACCGCAGGAAGCGCUACACCGUGGUGGGCAACCCAUACUGGAUGGCUCCCGAGAUGAUCCACGGCAAAACCUACGACGAACGAGUCGACAUUUUCUCCUUUGGGAUCAUGAUGUGUGAGAUCAUCGGCAGAGUGAGCGCCGACCCAGACUUCCUUCCUCGGACCAAUGACUUUGGUCUGAACGUGGCUGGCUUCCGUCAGCAGUACGUGCCCGCCCAGUGCCCGCGGGCCUUCCUGCCGCUGGCUGCUUUCUGUUGUGACAUGGACGCUGAGAAACGCCCUGCCUUCACAAAGCUGCAGGAGUGGCUGGACAACACACUGAUGCACCUGGACAUCGGCCUGCCGCUGCUCUCCGAGCUGGACCACGUCUGCACAACGUUCUGGGGGAACCACAGCUGUCAUGAACAAGCAAGCAGCCAGGGGCUGCAACAUGAACACCAUGACUCUCCGUCCUCCUCAGAUCAGGGAGCGUCUGAUGCCCUCACACACAGAGAAAACAACUCACAAAACUGUGCUCCUGAAGCAAACCAGCGGAGGCAGGAGACCUUCAGCCUCUCCAGCAAAGAAACCUGUGGUCCCCGCAAACAUCUCAACGGUUCCAACGAGCCCAGAAGAAUGUGCAGGGUGUUGUGGAACAGAUCUGAAGAAGACACUUCUUUUUUGUGAUUCGACAAAACAUGGUUGAGUCGCAUGUUCACAAACUUCUGUGCCCUUGCAUCAUGCUACAUUUCAACAAGCUCCAGAUGAAAAGUUUAAUUUGGAAAAUAAAAGUGGAAUAGGAAGGUCAGGAUCAAAUUCCUCCUUGUUUGUGAGAAUCCUCCUGAAACCACACUAAUGUUUGACUGGAGCAGCAGGAAGAUCAAUUUAAUCCAAAACUUUGGUAUCAACUUCCAGAAACUGUGAAAAUGGCACUUUAUUGUUUGACCCAGCUCUUGUGGGCUUUUGGUCCGACCACUGGUGAAAAUAAAACUUUAUUUGAAAGUAAUUUGUAGGGAUGCUCCGAUCAGGAUUUUUGCUGCUGAUCACUGAUAUCGAUCACAUGGAUUGAUGAAUUUGUAAUCAAAAUGAU